AUGAACAUACACGCGGCCCAGCCUGUGGGAGUCGGUACAGUAAGCCUCCCAAGCCGUUCAGACGAGACCCAGCUUGUGGGAGUCGGUACAGUAAGCCUCCCAAGCCGUUCAGACGCGACCAAGCCUGUGGGAGUCGGUACAGUAAGCCUCCCAAGCCGUUCAGACGCGACCAAGCCUGUGGAAGUCGGUACAGUAAGCCUCCCAAGCCGUUCAGACGCGACCAAGCCUGUGGGAGUCGGUACAGUAAGCCUCCCAAGCCGUUCAGACGCGACCAAGCCUGUGGGAGUCGGUACAGUAAGCCUCCCAAGCUAUUCAGACGCGACCCAGCCUGUGGAAGUCGGUACAGUAAGCCUCCCAAGCCGUCCAGACGCGACCCAGCCUCCCAAGCCAUUCAGACGCGACCAAGCCUGUGGGAGUCGGUACAGUAAGCCUCCCAAGCCGUUCAGACGCGACCAAGCCUGUGGGAGUCGGUACAGUAAGCCUCCCAAGCCGUUCAGACGCGACCAAGCCUGUGGGAGUCGGUACAGUAAGCCUCCCAAGCCGUUCAGACGCGACCAAGCCUGUGGGAGUCGGUACAGUAAGCCUCCCAAGCUAUUCAGACGCGACCCAGCCUGUGGAAGUCGGUACAGUAAGCCUCCCAAGCCGUUCAGACGCGACCCAGCCUGUGGGAGUCGGUACAGUAAGCCUCCCAAGCCGUUCAGACGCGACCCAGCCUGUGGGAGUCGGUACAGUAAGCCUCCCAAGCCGUUCAGACGCGACCCAGCCUGUGGGAGUCGGUACAGUAAGCCUCCCAAGCCGUUCAGACGCGACCCAGCCUGUGGGAGUCGGUACAGUAAGCCUCCCAAGCCGUUCAGACGCGACCCAGCCUGUGGGAGUCGGUACAGUAAGCCUCCCAAGCCGUUCAGACGCGACCCAGCCUGUGGGAGUCGGUACAGUAAGCCUCCCAAGCCAUUCAGACGCGACCCAGACUGUGGGAGUCGGUACAGUAAGCCUCCCAAGCCAUUCAGACGCGACCCAGCCUGUGGGAGUCGGUACAGUAAGCCUCCCAAGCCUUUCAGACGCGACCCAGCCUGUGGGAGUCGGUACAGUAAGCCUCCCAAACCGUUCAGACGCGACCCAGCCUCCCAAGCCAUUCAGACGCGACCAAGCAUUUGUGAAUCUGAACACCAAGCUGCUUUCCAAGCCGUCGUCUACGCGGCCCAGCCUGUGGGAGUCGGUACAGUAAGCCUCCCAAGCCGUUCAGACGCGACCAAGACUGUGGGAGUCGGUACAGUAAGCCUCCCAAGCUAUUCAGACGCGACCAAGCCAUUCAGACGCGACCCAGCCUGUGGAAGUCGGUACAGUAAGCCUCCCAAGCCGUUCAGACGCGACCCAGCCUGUGGCAGUCGGUACAGUAAGCCUCCCAAGCCGUUCAGACGCGACCCAGCUUGUGGGAGUCGGUAUAGUAAGCCUCCCAAACCGUUCAGACUCGACCCAGCCUGUGGGGAUCGGUACAGUAAGCCUCCCAAGCCGUCCAGACGAGACCCAGCUUGUGGGAGUCGGUACAGUAAGCCUCCCAAGCCGUUCAGACUCGACCCAGCUUGUGGGGAUCGGUACAGUAAACCUCCCAAGCCGUCCAGACGAGACCCAGCUUGUGGGAGUCGGUACAGUAAGCCUCCCAAGCCAUUCAGACGCGACCCAGCCUGUGGGAAUCGGUACAGUAAGCCUCCCAAGCCGUUCAGACGCGACCCAGCCUGUGGGAAUCGGUAUAGUAAGCCUCUCAAGCCGUUCAGACGAGACCCAGCUUGUGGGAGUCGGUACAGUAAGCCUCCCAAGCCAUUCAGACUCGACCCAGCCUGUGGGAGUCGGUACAGUAAGCCUCCCAAGCCAUUCAGACGAGACCCAGCUUGUUGGAGUCGGUACAGUAAGCCUCCCAAGCCAUUCAGACGCGACCCAGCCUGUGGGAGUCGGUAUAGUAAGCCUCUCAAGCCGUUCAGACGCGACCCAGCUUGUGGGAGUCGGUACAGUAAGCCUCCCAAACCGUUUAGACGCGACCCAGCCUACGCGACCCAGCCUGUGGAGGUCGGUACAGUAAGCCUCCCAAGCCAUUCAGACGCGACCCAGCCUGUGGGAGUCGGUACAGUAAGCCUCCCAAGCCAUUCAGACGCGACCAAGCCAUUCAGACGCGACCCAGCCUGUGGAAGUCGGUACAGUAAGCCUCCCAAGCCAUUCAGACGCGACCCAGCCUGUGGAAGUCGGUACAGUAAGCCUCCCAAGCCGUUCAGACGCGACCCAGCCUGUGGAAGUCGGUACAGUAAGCCUCCCAAGCCGUUCAGACGCGACCCAGCUUGUGGGAGUCGGUACAGUAAGCCUCCCAAGCCGUUCAGACGCGACCCAGCUUGUGGGAGUCGGUACAGUAAGCCUCCCAAGCCGUUCAGACGCGACCCAGCCUGUGGGAGUCGGUACAGUAAGCCUCCCAAGCCGUUCAGACGCGACCCAGCCUGUGGCAGUCGGUACAGUAAGCCUCUCAAGCCGUUCAGACGCGACCCAGCCUGUGGGAGUCGGUACAGUAAGCCUCCCAAGCCGUUCAGACGCGACCCAGCCUGUGGGAGUCGGUACAGUAAGCCUCCCAAGCCGUUCAGACGCGACCCAGCCUGUGGGAGUCGGUACAGUAAGCCUCCCAAGCCAUUCAGACGCGACCCAGCCUGUAGGAGUCGGUACAGUAAGCCUCCCAAACCAUUCAGACGCGACCCAGCCUGUGGGAGUCGGUACAGUAAACCUCCCAAGCCGUUCAGACGCGACCCAGCCUGUGGGAGUCGGUACAGUAAGCCUCCCAAGCCGUUCAGACGCGACCCAGCCUGUGGCAGUCGGUACAGUAAGCCUCUCAAGCCGUUCAGACGCGACCCAGCCUGUGGGAGUCGGUACAGUAAGCCUCCCAAGCCGUUCAGACGCGACCCAGCCUGUGGGAGUCGGUACAGUAAGCCUCCCAAGCCGUUCAGACGCGACCCAGCCUGUGGGAGUCGGUACAGUAAGCCUCCCAAGCCAUUCAGACGCGACCCAGCCUGUGGGAGUCGGUACAGUAAGCCUCCCAAGCCAUUCAGACGCGACCCAGCCUGUGGGAGUCGGUACAGUAAGCCUCCCAAACCAUUCAGACGCGACCCAGCCUGUGGGAGUCGGUACAGUAAACCUCCCAAGCCGUUCAGACGCGACCCAGCCUGUGGGAGUCGGUACAGUAAGCCUCCCAAGCCAUUCAGACGCGACCAAGCAUUUGUGAAUCUGAACACCAAGCUGCUUUCCAAGCCGUCGUCUGUUUGCAACUGUAUUGUUUGUGUAUCUUCAACUUAA